AUGUUGUUGUCAAAAUCAAUAACCCUUGCUGAUAUAGAAUCGGUCGAUCAUGAAUAUUGUCAAUCAUUGAAAUAUAUUGUUGAUAAUGAUCCAGCAGAUUUAGGUCUAUAUUUUGUUGUUAAUGAAGAAGUACUUGGUGAAUUACGUGAACAUGAACUUAAGCCUGAUGGUCAACAUAUAAAAGUAACUGAGCAAAAUAAACAAGAAUAUAUUGAUUUGCUUAUCAACUAUCGGUUUGUCCAACGCAUAGCAUUACAAAUGAAUGCAUUAAAGAAAGGUUUUCAAGAGAUAUUACCACUUGAAAGUAUUAAAAUAUUCGAUGAAGAAGAAGUUGAAGUAUGCAACCAAAAACAAGAAAUUGUAUUUUUUCAGAAUGUAUAUAUUUUAGCUGCUAAUAAGUAG